AUAUUAGCAAAAAUAAUACAAUGGCAGCAGGCUUAAAAACUUACAAUCUUUGCGCCUAUUUGAUCUUGAGUCUCACAGCAUGUUCUGUGAUGGCCUCUUCGUCCUCGUCUCAAUCAAUCAAAGGCGCCUACUGGCCUUCAUGGGCGAAGAAUUUUCCUCCAUCUUCCAUUGAGACGUCGUUUUUCACACACAUAUACUAUGCAUUUCUCAUUCCUAACAAUGUAACAUUUAAGUUUGACAUAGAAUACGCUACAGAGGUGGAGCUAGUGAAUUUCACGUCCACUCUUCAUGCAAAGAAGCCACCUGUGAAGACACUCUUCUCCAUUGGUGGGGCAGACGAAGGUCCAGUUUUCUUUGGACGAAUGGCCUCGAGUCCUUCAUUGCGUAAGAAUUUCGUCGAUUCAAGCAUAGAAGUGGCGAGAAAAUUCGGUUUUGAUGGGAUUGAUCUCGAUUGGGAAUUUCCUCAAACGCCUAAGGACAUGGAAAACUUGGCCUAUUUACUUGACGAAUGGCGCCUGGAGGUCCAGAAGGAAGCCAAAAUCAGCAACCAGCCACCGCUCCUCCUCACUGCCGCCGUCUAUUUCUCAGCCAACUUCUUCCUUUCAGGGACCUACAGAUCAUAUCCUGCAACCUCCAUCACCAAAAACUUAGACUGGAUCAACGUAAUGAAUUAUGACUACCAUGGCUCUUGGGAUACUUCCACCACAGGCGCCCAAGCUGCACUAUUCGACUCCAAAACCAACAUAAGCACAAGUUACGGCCUGGGUUCAUGGAUCAAGUCAGGCGUCCCAAAGAGCAAAUUGGUCAUGGGUUUGCCCUUAUACGGAAGAACAUGGAAGCUUAAGGACCCCAAAUCACACGGUGUAGGAGCACCGGCCAUUGACGUAGGACCUGGUGAUCAGGGAGCAUUAACAUUCGCUGAAAUAGUAAAAUUUAACAGAGAUCAUAAGGCCAAAGUGGAGUAUGAUGCGGAGAGUGUAUCCAUGUAUUCAGUGGCUGAUACUACCUGGAUUGGGUACGAUGAUACUCCAUCAGUGACGGUGAAGAUAGGUUAUGCUCAAGCUCUUAGAAUUCGUGGCUACUUCUUUUGGGCUGUUAAUGGCGAUUACAAGUGGAAAAUCUCGAAAACAGCUUCCCAGCUAUGGCGCCUUUGAGAAUUUUUCCAAUGAUUCGUACGUAUAAAGUAACAUUUUAUUUGGUAUUACAACUGUCAAGAGGGUUAACGUUGAAUUAUAUUUAUUCUGCAAGAGAGACUAUAGAAUAAACUUCAAUUGAAUUGUUUUACUUUUUACUUUUUUCA